GACCGUUCACCGUUGCUCCAGUGGAGGGUCGGAUAGACGGAACAGAAAGGGACGCGGAGGCGCCGUCACAACGCAAGCAUCAUGCCACCCACCGGGCUCAAGGCGGUUGUCUGCGACAAGAUUAUGAACAAUGUCAUCAGGAAAGUCAGAGUAAAAGGAGAAUGGAAGGCAUUGGUGGUGGACAAGCUGAGCAUGAGAAUGAUUUCCUCAUGCUGCAAGAUGACAGACAUCAUGUCGGAGGGCAUCACAAUUGUUGAGGACAUCACUAAGCGGCGUGAGCCCUUGCCCAGCAUGGAAGCCAUUUAUCUCAUCACCCCCAGUGACGAAUCUGUAGAGGGUCUCAUCAAUGACUUCAGAGAUCCCCGCAAUAUCAUGUACAGGGGGGCUCAUGUCUUCUUCACAGACGCUGUCCCAGACACACAGUUCGGCCUGCUGACCAAAUCCCGGGCCUCCAAAGUCAUGAAAACCUUGACUGAGAUUAAUAUAGCCUUCCUACCCUACGAGUCGCAGGUGUUCUCUGUGGACAGACCAGAUGCCUUCCAAGACUUCUACAGCCCCUUCAAGGUCGACGUGAAGAACCAGAUGCUGGAGAGGCUGGCUGAGCAGCUGGCCACCGUGUGCUCCACACUCAAAGAGUACCCCGCUGUCAGAUACAGAGUGGAGCACAAAGACAACGCCAUUCUGGCUCAGCUUCUGCAGGACAAACUGGACGCCUUCAAGGCAGAUGACCCCACCAUGGGAGAGGGUCCCGAUAAGGCUCGCUCUCAGCUGUUGAUCCUGGACAGAGGUUUUGAUCCUGUGACUCCUGUCCUGCACGAGCUCACCUUCCAGGCCAUGAGCUAUGACCUGCUGCCCAUUGAAAAUGAUGUUUACUCGUUUGAGACCAGCGGAAUGGGAGAGACUCGUAUGAAAGACGUCAUUUUGGAUGAGGAUGAUGACCUUUGGAUGACUCUGCGUCACAAGCACAUUGCAGAAGUGUCCACGGCAGUGACAAAAUCGCUGAAGGACUUCACAUCAAGCAAAAAGAUGAACACUGGAGAAAAGACCACACUAAAAGAGCUGUCGCAGAUGCUGAAAAAAAUGCCACAGUAUCAGAAGGAGCUGAGCAAGUACUCCACUCAUCUGCACCUGGCUGAGGACUGCAUGAACAAGUAUCAGGGCGCCGUGGACAAGCUCUGUCGUGUGGAACAGGACCUGGCGAUGGGUGCUGAUGCAGAAGGGGAGAAGGUCAAGGACCCCAUGCGUGCCAUCGUGCCCGUCCUGCUUGAUGCCAACGUCUCCGUGUACGACAAGAUCCGUAUUAUCCUCCUGUACAUCUUCCUGAAGAAUGGUGUCUCUGAGGAGAACCUUUGUAAACUCCUCCAGCAUGCCAAUAUCCCUCCAGAGGACAGUGACAUCAUUUCCAACAUGGCACACAUGGGACUGCCCAUCAUCACAGAGGUGGCGCCAAAAAAGGCAAAGAAGCCAGACCGCAAGGAGAGGAUCAGCGAGCAGACAUACCAGCUCUCACGAUGGACUCCACUUGUCAAAGACCUCAUGGAGGAUGCCGUUGAGGACAAACUGGACCCAAAACUGUUUCCAUACAUCUCCACUCGGACUGCCUCUUCCAAAACCACCACAGCUACAAGUGCCCGCUAUGGCAACUGGCACAAGAACAAGAGUCCGGGGGAGGUGCGCACCGGGCCCCGUGUCAUCGUCUUCAUCAUCGGCGGCAUGUCUUACAGCGAGAUGCGCUGCGUCUACGAGGUCACACAAGCCAACGGGAAGUGGGAGGCUCUCAUUGGUUCCACCCACAUAGUCACACCGCUGAAAUACCUAACGGCCCUGAAGCACCAGGACUUCUUGGACCCCAACGCCGCCGCUGAAGACCAGAUCACCCCAGAGGCGGAGGAGAAUUGAGAGAGAGAGGAGAGCAUGAACGAGAUCAAAUGACAUCAUCAACCCUACUCGCCUUCUACAAGCCGUCAGAGACAUGAACAAACCUAAAUAUAGGCUGGAUUUCUGAGACUCUGUCCACACUGUCCAAGCUGUCCCUCUCUUCAACCUGUUCCCUCUCCAGCACUCCCAUAUCUACGAGCACAAGAUGAAAGCCAUGGAAAUACCCACCUUAUUUUAUAUGCGUGCAUUCAUAAUGAGGCGUGACAGUUCUUCAUAUCUUCUACAACACUCACAGUUCCUCCAGAUUAUGCCAAAUGUGGUUAUAACAAUCACUCCCCAUGUAUAAGGUAUACAUGUAUAGUAUGGAGUAACAACAUAAAGGCAACAUGUAGAGUUGCCGGUCUCCAUAAUACUGUUGAUGUUGUUGACAAAAAGAAGCCAAGUUGACUGUGCUGUGUUUAUAAUGUCUACGUGUUACACGUACAAAUACAUGAGGUCAGUCACAGGAAGUGACUCGUUUUGGAUUGUUGACUAAGGAAGGGUCUGGACAGGAGUGUGCCUCAGCUUUCAGAAUUAUCAUCACAGAGAGAGAAAUGCAAUGUUGCAAAAUGUCGUCAUAUUUAUAUACAGUAUACAGUGUUACAGGAAGUCACUUGCUCUACCGAAUGUAAAUGUCAAUGCUAUCUACUGUACACAUAGAUAGGGACCAGAGAGGCUUCAGAUGGGGACUGUUAAGUGUAUGGAUUUACAGGCCUGCUUCCCCUGCUUAUACAUUUUCAGUGGUUAUAAGGACCAAGUCUGACAUUUGGCUUAUUUUUAAAUGUUUUAUAAAAAUGUAGUCAUGCUGUCCUUUUCCUGUAGUUUGUAGCUCAGCUUUUGUUGGAGUGAAUGCCACAUAUAUUGCUGUUUUUAUGUCCUUUUGAAAAGCCAAUGUGAAGACACACUGUAUUGUAGUUAGUUAGCGUUAGCAAUAUUGUUGUCAGUAGAGAGGAGAUCUUGCUGUAUCUUUUAGCUGAUCUGUUUGUCUCCUGCAUCUCACCUCCAUUCAACUGGUCCUGCAGUUUCCGCUCUUUGGAAUGUCCCCCCAGUCUAGGGAUAAUGUGUGUCCCCUUAGUCGUGUGUUUGUGUGUGAGUAAGUGUGCGAGUGUGUGUGCGUGUGUAUCUAUCGAUUAUGUGUCUGCUCUGUGUGUCUAUGGAAUGUUCCCCCAGUCUAGGGAUGAUGUGUGUCCCCUUAGUCGUAGGUUUGUGUGUUUGUGUGUGUGUGAGUGUGUGUGUAUGUGUCUGUGCGUGUUUCCAUCGAUGUGUGUCUGCUCUGUGUGUCUAUGUUGCCUCUAUAAUGUCCACAGUUUGUGUGAUUAAAGUCACUUCAUUAGUGGAAAAGAAGCCAUAACAAUUCAUUUUACCGUGUGUCGACCUUAUUGGAAUUCUGAACAUGGGCAUUACAAAGUACAACUAUUACUCCCUGGUGUACUGAAGCUGUGAAAUAAAAUGGUUCCCACAUACAACGAAA